GUGGGAUUUCCAAAUCAUUUAAAGAUUCUUCUAAUUUCUCUCUCUCCCUCUCAGCUGAAGAAUUCCAUGAUAAGAUGAAGACAGUGCCAGCUAUUUGCUUCUUCUUGUUACAUUUCAGUGCUGUUUCAAGGGCCCUAAACCGGGAGCAUUAUUUCGGUAUUAGGGAAAUCAGUUGGAAUUAUGCUCCUAGUGGCAGAAAUAUAAUUGCUGGUACAACGAUCGAAAAGGAUGAGCAUGCAUCUGAAUUCCUGAAACGGGGUCCAACCAGGAUAGGAAGUAUCUAUAAGAAAGCUGUGUACGUGGAAUAUACUGAUGGCAAUUAUACCCAGGAGGUUGCAAAACCUAAAUGGUUGGGAUUUCUAGGACCAAUUAUAAAGGCUGAACAAGGUGAUACCGUCAUCAUUCACCUGAGGAAUUUUGCUUCUCGACCCUAUUCACUUCAUCCACAUGGUUUCACCUACACAAAAGGAAAUGAAGGUGCACUUUAUCCUGACAACUCCACAAUCCUGGAGAAAAGGGAUGACAUUGUAAAUCCAGAAACACAAUACACUUACACAUGGAACCUAACAGAAGAUCAAACCCCAGGUGACAGUGACAUCGACUGUUCGACAAGGAUUUAUCACUCGCAUAUCGAUGCACCCAGAGAUGUUUCAACCGGUCUUAUUGGUCCUUUGAUCAUUUGCAAAAAAGGUGUUUUAACUGGCAAGAAAAAACAGGGCAAAAUGCCAAGUGAAGAGUUUGCCCUAAUGUUCUCAGUGGUGGAUGAAAACUUCAGCUGGUAUCUGGAUGAGAAUAUUAGAACUUAUUGCACUAACCCAAGUAAAGUGGAUCAAGAAGAUGAAGACUUUAUGGAAAGUAACAAAAUGCACUCCAUUAAUGGAUACGUCUACGGAAACCUGCCUGACCUCUCCAUGUUCACUGGCGAUAAAGUGGUCUGGUAUCUAUUUGGGAUGGGAAAUGAGGUGGAUAUACACUCUGCAUAUUUCCAUGGACAGACUCUGAUCGAUAGGCAUCACCAUGUUGAUACUAUCAGCCUAUUUCCAGCCACAUUUGUCACUGCUGAGAUGGUUCCCAAGAAUCCAGGAACAUGGCUGCUCAGCUGUCAAGUCAAUGACCAUGUGGAAGCUGGAAUGCAAGCCUUGUUUAAAGUUGUCGACUAUGAGAAGAAAACCAAAAAGGCCACCAGUAAAGGACAUGAAAGACGUUAUUACAUUGCUGCAGAGGAGGUCAUCUGGGACUAUGGACCAUCUGGUUUGGACCAAUUCACAGCAAAGCCUUUAACCAGUCAGCAUGGAGAUGCUGUGGUAUUUUUUGAAAAAGGGGAGACAAGAAUUGGAGGGAAAUACAGAAAGGCUGUUUACAGAGAAUACACAGAUGACACUUUUAAAAAGCACAAGGAGAGGACAGCAGAUGAAGAGCAUCUUGGAAUACUUGGACCUGUCAUUAAAGCAGAAGUUGGAGAUAGGAUCAAGGUGACGUUCUGGAAUAAUGCGAGCCAAAUAUACAGCAUGCAACCUCAUGGAAUCUCCUAUGGGAAAGAUAUUGAGGGGGCCAAUUAUCAAACUAACACAACAGAGUUUGUGGGACCACUUGCUCGAUCCCCUCAUGUCUUUCCUGGUCAUACAUUUAUUUAUGAAUGGAAAGUUCCAGAGGAUUCCGGCCCCAGAAAGGAUGAUCCAGACUGCCUGACUUGGCUUUACUUCUCUGCAGUGGAUUCCAUAAAGGACAGCAGCUCUGGUCUGGUUGGGCCUCUCAUUGUGUGCAAAAAGAACACCCUAAGCUCUCAGGGCAAACAGAAAAAUGUGGACAAGGAAUUCUUUUUGCUGGCGACUGUGUUUGAUGAGAAUCUCAGUUGGUAUUUAGAUGAAAAUAUCAAGAUGUUUACAACUAAACCCAAAGCUGUAGAUAAAGAAGAUGAGGAUUUCCAAGAGUCAAACAAAAUGCAUUCAAUCAAUGGAUACAUGUACGGCAAUCAACCAGGCCUGGAGAUGUGCAAAGGAAAUACAGUGUCCUGGCAUAUGAUUGGUCUUGGAUCAGAAGUUGAUAUCCAUGGAAUUUAUUUCCAGGGCAACACAUUCCUGAGCCAAGGAACAAGAAGAGAUGUAGUUAAUCUGUUCCCACACAUCUCACUCACAGCUAUCAUGAAACCUGACAGUACAGGAGUAUUUGAAGUGGUCUGCAAGACAACAGAUCACUACGCUGGAGGAAUGAGGCAGUUUUACAAAGUGAAUAAAUGCUCCAUAUUUCAAUUGCCUGAUAUUUUUUACCAUGAAAAGACAUACUACAUUGCAGCUGUUGAAAUUGAAUGGAAUUAUUCACUUUCAAGGAAGUGGGAAUUGGAAAGGCACCGCAUUCAUGAAGAAAGUCCUGGAACGCUUUUCACAGUGCGAGGAAACUUGACCAUUGGUCCCAAGUACAAAAAAGUUGUGUAUCGGGAAUAUACUGAUAAGACAUUUACUCAACAGAAGGAGAGAACUACAAAGGAAAGACAUCUGGAAAUUCAAGGCCCACUACUUCAUGCAAAAGUUGGUGAUAAGCUCAAAAUUGUAUUCAAAAAUCUGGCCUCAAGGCCCUAUUCUAUUCAUGCACAAGGAGUGAAGACAGACGGUCCGACAAUUAAAUAUACUCUUCCAGGCGAAACAGAAACAUAUUUCUGGAAGAUCCCCAAUAGGUCCGGUCCGAACGAAAAGGAAUCUCGUUGCAUUCCAUGGACAUAUUUCUCAACUGUAGAUCCAAUUAAGGACCUGCACAGCGGUUUGAUAGGGACACUGGUAACCUGUCACAAAAACUUUCUCGAGAAAAUUGGUUUGAAGAAAAAUGAGCUAGAAGAGUUUGCUCUUCUCUUCCUAGUUUUUGAUGAGAAUGAGUCCUGGUACCUAGAUGAAAAUAUCAAAACUUAUUGCCUCACACCAAAACAAGUUGAUAAAGAAAAUGAAGAUUUUAUUGAAAGCAACAAAAAGCAUGCUAUAAACGGGAAGCUCUUUGGAAACUUGCAGGGACUGGAUAUGCAGGUCGGUGAGAAGGUGUUUUGGUAUCUCACUGGAAUGGGCAAUGAAGUAGACUUGCACUCAGUUCAUUUCCAUGGACACAGCUUUGAUUAUAAGAUGAAUGGACACUACCGUGGAGAUGUGUACGAUCUCUUCCCAGGAACUUUCCAGACUGUGGAAAUGACUCCGCUGCAUCCUGGUACCUGGCUUCUUCACUGCCAUGUAACAGAUCACAUCUAUGGUGGCAUGGAGACAACCUACACAGUCCACGAGAAACCAGAAAAAAACAGUGUUUUUGGACAUAUCAAAAAGUUUUUUGGUCGAGGUUCUGGCUAAUUACAACCAACUGAAGAAAGAUUAUAUAAACAUCUUUUGACCUGUCACUCAAAUACUUCCUGCUUAAGAUGUCUUCAACUGGAGCGGAGAAUCUUGUGAAGAUGUGCUUAAUUGUAAUAAUAAAGAUGGUAUGUGGUCUGACAUGGCCCUUUUCUCUACAGUAACUAAUAAAAAAGCUCAAAGGCU